GCCCCCUCUAGCUCUCCCCCUCUCGUCCGCCAUUUGCUGAGGGGUACCAAAACUCCAAAAUUUCUAGGCCUCUCCACGCCUAUACUACCGUCAACAUGGAGUUUGAAAGAUUAAAGCUAUCUCUCUUUCUUCAGCAGCCGAGGAUGGGAAUUAAAUAGAGAGAGAGAGAAGAGAGAGAGAGAGAGAGAGAGAGAAAGUUGGACUGAGGACUCUUUCUACAGUCGAAGAUAAUGUUGAAAACGCGAAAUUAUGAUGCUGAUGGGUUUAUACUAAGAGCUGCCUGUGUGUGUGUCGACCCAGACGAGAGGCAGGUGCUGUUAGUGUCAUCUAGAAGGGAUUCACGCCUUUGGAUAGUACCAGGAGGCGGGGUAGAAGAAGGAGAGGGGACCCAAGAUGCGGCCCUGCGGGAGGUACGAGAAGAAGCCGGGGUUAACGGAUACAUAACAAGGACUCUCGGUGUUUUUGAGAAUCCCGAAAGACGACAUCGGACAAGCGUUUACCAGCUUGUAGUGAAAGACUUACUACAAGACUGGGACGAAGCUAGAGACUUUGGGAGACGAAGGCAAUGGUUUACUAUCGAAGAGGCUGUCCAGGAACUAGCCAAACACAAGCCUAUCCAAUCACACUAUCUUGACCUACUACUCCUAUCAACUACUACUACUACUACUACUACUACUACUACUACUACUACUACUACUGCUGGUGGUGGUGGUGAUGGUGCGAUAGUCGAGUUAGGGAUGUGUACUAUUCCAGUGACUACUACUACUACUACUACUACUAUUUCUAGUCAUUGUAUAUGUGAUAGUAGUAGUAAUAGUAGUAGUAGUAGUAGUAGUAGUAGCAGUAGUCUGUUCCCCACUACUACUACUACUACUACUACUACUACUACUACUACUACUACUACUACUACUACUACUGCUGCUACUACUACUACUACUACUACUACUCCACCACCAUCACCACCUCGCCAUAACUAUCACAAUCUCUUUCUUCCGUCCCAGUUACAAUAGUUGUUAAAUAAUUGUUGUUGUUGUUGUUGUUAUUAUUAUUAUUAUUAUUAUUAUUAUUAUUAUUAUUAUUAUUAUUAUCAUUAUUAUUUAUUAUUAUUAUUAUUUAUCUUCAUUUCUCUUCCUCUUCCUCCUUCGUAUUAUUAUUAUUAUUAUUAUUAUUAUUGUGUGACUUAAAUAAUAAUGUAAUUAAUUA